AUGCCCGGGUCACGACGUGGCUUGGUUGCACCUCAAAAUACUUUCCUUGAAUCGAUCGUUCGUAAAUGCAGUGGUGCCCACACCGCGUUCAUAUUAUCCAAUGCUCAAAUAUUAGAUUAUCCAAUAGUUUAUUCCAACGAUGGUUUUACAAAAAUAUCGGGUUAUUUAAGAGCUGAUCUAAUGAAUAAAAGUUCAACGUGUAAUUUUAUGUACGGUGACUUAACUAGCACCGAUACACAAACAAAAAUACGUGAUGCAUUAGAAAAUUGUCAUAUUGAACAAAUUGAAGUACUUUUAUAUAAAAAAAACAAAACUCCGAUAUGGGUUUUUAUGCAAAUAGCUCCGAUAAUCAAUGAACGCGAUACUGUGGUGCUCUAUCUAUGUACAUUUACAGAUAUUACUGCACUUAAACAACCAAUUGAAACUGAAGAUGCUAAAGGUGGUCUUAGUAAAUUUGCACGUAUAGCAAAAUCUGUCACAAGAAAUCGAUCGAUUUUAAUGAACUUUACAACAGCAAAUGCAAAAGCAAUUCAAAUCGAUCCAACAAAACCAUCACAAUUACCUAAUCUACUCAAUCUAAGUGCAGAAGUAUUACCGAGUUAUCGACAAGAAGCACCAAGUACACCACCACAUAUAAUUCUUCAUUAUUGUACAUUUAAAACCGUGUGGGAUUGGGUGAUAUUAUUAUUGACAUUUUAUACAUCAUUAUUAGUACCGUAUCAUGCUGCAUUUCGUAGUAAAUCGCUAGAUGAUGUGCCAUUACUUGUUGUCGAUAGUAUUGUCGAUGUUAUUUUCUUUAUUGAUAUUAUUUUAAAUUUCCAUACAACAUAUGUACACACAAAAUCUGGAGAAGUUAUAUCUGAUCCAAAACGUAUUAGGAAAACAUAUUUAAAAAGUUGGUUUGUUAUUGAUUUAUUAGCUUGUUUACCAUAUGAUGUAUUUAAUGCAUUUCAAGAAGCUGAAGAAAUUUAUAUUUUUCAACGAUAUGGAAGUAUAUUUUCCGCAUUAAAAGUUUUACGUUUAUUACGGCUGGGUCGUGUCUUUAGAAAAUUAGACAAUUAUUUAGAAUAUGGUGCAGCUGUUCUUUUAUUACUUAUUUGUGUUUUUGUACUUGUUGCUCAUUGGUUUGCUUGUGUAUGGUAUACAAUCGGAUUUCGAGAAGGAAGAGGUGGUCCUGGUAAACGAAUGGAAUAUAGUUGGUUAGUAAAAAUGGAUAGAGAAUUACAUUAUGCAUGUAUUGAUUCGUAUGGUAAUCUAACAGCAUAUGAAUCAAAUGGUACAUGUCGAAAAGCAGCAUAUGUAACAGCACUUUACUAUACAAUGAGUUCAUUAACUAGUAUUGGUUUUGGUAAUGUUGCUGCAAAUAGUGAUAAUGAAAAAAUUUUUACAUGUGUUAUGAUGCUUAUUGGUUCAUUACUUUAUGCAACUAUAUUUGGUAAUGUAACAACAAUAUUUACUCAAAUGUAUUCUGCUACUGCGAGAUAUCAUGAAAUGUUAAGUAGUAUUCGAGAAUUUAUGCGAUUGCAUGGUAUGCCAAAUCAAUUAAAUGAACGUAUUAUGGAUUAUGUUGUAUCAACAUGGGCUAUGACAAAAGGUAUUGAUGCAACAAAAGUAUUAAAUUAUUGUCCAAAAGAUAUGCGUGCUGAUAUAUGUGUACAUAUGAAUCGAAGUGUAUUUAAUGAACAUCCAGCAUUUCGUUUAGCUAGUGAUGGUUGUUUACGUGCAUUAGCUGUUCAUUUUCAUAUAAACCAUUCUGCACCUGGUGAUAUGUUAUAUCAUUGUGGUGAAAGUCUUGAUAUGUUAUGUUUUAUUGUAUCUGGUUCGUUAGAAGUUAUACAAGAUGAUGAAGUUUUAGCAAUACUUAGUACUAAUGAUGUAUUUGGUGAUGAUUUUUGGAGUAAAAAUCGAGAUAAUGUUGGUCAAUCAGCAGCGAAUGUUCGUGCUUUAACUUAUUGUAAUUUACAUCAAAUACGACGAGAUCGUUUACUUGAAGUCUUGGAUUUUUAUCAUCCAUUUAGUGUUUCAUUUGCUCGUAAUAUGGUGCUUACUUAUAAUCUAAGACAUCGUGUUGUAUUUCGUAAAAUAGCUGAUGUUAAACGUGAACGUGAAUUAGCUGAAACAAGAAAAAAUGAAGGUUUAGAUCAAAUUAGUUCUGAUCAUCCUGUACGAAAACUAAUAUCAAAAUUUCGUAAAAUAUCUCAAGAAAGUCGUGCUGCUUCCCAAAAUAAUCCGACUACAUCUGUACCUUCAGCAGGAUCAACAAAUUCAUCCCAACCACAACCAUUGUUACCAAUUAUACCAGAAACAGCUGUUCAACCACCUAGUGCUGAACCAAUGGAUACUACACCACUACUAAACACAAAUUCUUUAGCAUCUCUUCAACUUUUACAAUUACCUGCAUCAUCUACUAAUAAACAACGAGAUAAAUUAGAAACAAUAUCAGAACGUAUAGAAUCACAAGAAUCUCAAGUAUCACAGAUAACAUCUCUUAAUCAAAGUCCACCAUUACAGCGACAUCCAAAGUCAAGUAAAUGGAAAUGGUUAAAAACUGGUUCAACUGAACCAGAAAGUGAUACAGGAAUAGCACUAGCACCAGCACCAACAACACCUACAAUAAUAAAACCAUCAUUAAUUCAAACAACAAAUAAUCCAUUUGAUCCAAAUACAUCUGAUGAUGAAUUACAAUCAAAAACAGUCUUUCGAAGUGAACGAAGACCAUCGAUUCCACUAAGUCUAUUUAUACCAGAAUCGGCUCGACGUGGAAGUAUAAAAACAUUCGACGAUAGAACUGAUGAACAAAAACAAUUGAAUGAAACUCAUUCAGAUAUAAAUGCAGCAUUUGGACCACAUCGUAGUGUAUCAUCACAGUUUGGUGAACAUCAAUUGUUAUCAUCAUUAUUUGAUAUAAAAACUGAUUUGAGUAAUGAAGUACGUGCAUUGACUAGACGUAUGACGCAUAUUGAUGAACAAAUUAGUCAGAUUUUCCAUUUUCUUUCACCAUUAAAUACAUCCACAGCAAAUAAUUUACCGUCAAUUCCAAAACCAACAUCAGCAACACCACCACAACUUGCACCUUCGCCUCACCCAGCACCAUUAUCACCAAUAACUACGGGAUUAUCGCCUGAUACAAAUGUUACUUCUGUGGCAAUUUCUCCAUUAUUUGAAACAGCAUCAUUCUAUUCCGAUUUAAAUUCUAAAACGAAUAUAUACGAUACUAAUCAACCAUCACCUCCAAUAACAUCAGAUAUACAUGAUUCAUCUCGACAAUCAAGAACAAGCGAACAAAAUCCUGGAACACCACCAUUACGUCAAAUAAGUUAUUAUGAUCUUGCAGCACUAUCAAUUCCACCACCAUCGAUUUAUAAUCGUUCAGCUAGUUCAUCUAUUGCAAGUUUAGGUGGAUCAACAACAUCACGUGGUUCAAUAUCAAAUAAAAUAGCACCAGCACCUGUACCAUCAUCACCUGUUAGCCCAAAAAAUCCAUUACCGACUAGAUUUCAACCAAUUUCAAAUACACGUUAUAAUCCAGGUCGUUCACCUAAAUUAAAAUCACGUUUACAUCAUAGUCGAAGUAGUGGUGGUAAAUAUCAACAGCAACAUCCUGAAAAAUCAACUAUUAUUGAACUUGAAUCACCAACACAACAAAGUGCAUCCAAUAAAAAUGUUUCACUCCUAUCAACAUCUAUAAAAAGUCCACCAACAAUAAAACCAAGUGGAAGUGUAUUUCGUCGUUUCAUGCCAGGUGGUGGUAGUAGUAGUACAGAAAAAACAACCAUAACAUCAUCAUCAACUCUUCUCUAUCCACCGACUAGUGAUGAUGAACGUGCAAUAAGUCCCGCAAGUUCAGGUAAUGAUGAUGAUGAUUAUCGACCAUUAACAUCAUCAUCGAAUAAAUAUCAUCAUACACCAUUAUAA